AUGGCCUCAGCAAGCCUAGACCAACUGGUCAAGGGCUCUCCAGCACCCAACAAUCGUCUUGCAUCUUCUGCGACAUCCUCCUCCGAAUCAUUGGCGCCUGCAUUUCACUCCCAAGCUCCCUCUAGCGAUCCCUCUUCCCCGCCACGGUCGUCAACUCCCGAUCCACUGUCGACCCUCCCCUCUUCCCCACCCCAGAUAUACCUCAAUCUCCUCAUUCUUGAGAGCUCUCUGCGAGCUCAAUACCUGGCUCUCCGGGAACGCCGCCGACAAAAUACGUUCUUCCUUCUCUUGCUUGCCGCCUGGAUCGCCUACUUUGCCUACGCGCUCUUUCUCCGCCCGCGCGAAGAUGGCCGCGGUGUCGGAGGAUCGGUCUAUUGGGUGGUCGAAAUGGGGGAAAAGGUCGCCCUGAUGGGUGGCGUGGUCACAGCCCUUCUGGUCUGGGGAACAGGGCAAUGGGAACGGGGAGUUCGUUGGCCGCGGCGCUGGCUCGCCGUAGCCAACCGCGGCCUCCGCACCAUGAACACCAAGAUCGUGGUCAUCCGAGGUCCCUGGUGGCAGGAACUCUUCUCCUACCUCUCCUUUCUCUUCCCCUUCUCUGCACCCUUUUUCCCGUCCCCCGUGGGCGAUUUCCACUACGUCGAGCGCCCUGCGUCCGAAAGACGUGGUAGUCGGCAGCACUACCAGCAGUACUACAACCACGACGCGGAAUCCGGUCUGGUACAGGAAGACCUCAGCCCGGGAGGGGACUACAUUCGACUUCUUCUACUGCCGAAGUCAUUCUCGCCCGAGUUUCGCGAAAAUUGGGAUGAAUACCGCAGCGAGUUCUGGGAUAAGGAAAAUGAUCGUCGUGCUCAGCUGCGCCAGAAGCUGCGUCAAAGGGAGCGUCAGCUCGCCCAGCAGGACGGCGGCUGGUUCUGGUGGUUCGGAUUGAGUUGGAAGGCGUCGCAACGCCGACGAGUCGCUGCCGCAACGAUCAGCCGACCCGGCGAUGCUGACAAGAUCCCACAUCGUCCCCAUCACCACCACCAUUCGUCCAGUAUCUCAAAGCUCGUCCAUGAAUCCAAGUCGCCCUUGCGACGCGGCGGACCACGCUCCGAAUCCCACUCCCGCACGCCAUCACGCAGCACUACCCCCGUUGACACUGACGACCGACCCCCGUCCAGGUCAUCCGUCAGUGGCCGUCCCCGCCGCGGAAGCACAAGUCCAAGCACAGAACAACAAAUCCAGCAAUCACGAAAGAAGAAGGCAUCCAAAGCCGCCACUCGUGGCCUGUCUCCUUUGACGCAGGCCCAAAUCCGAGAGGGCGUGCGCACCCCAUCCUUUUCCUCCGACGAUUCCUCCUUUAUGGGCACACCCAGCGAAAAAGAGAAACCCAAAGAAGAUGGUGCUGAAUAG